GUCCGUCUAAUAGAUGGCAGAGAGUAUUCUGCAGUUGUUGAAGAAAUUGACACAGUAUCAGAUCUAGCUUUGUUAAGAAUCAAUUGUACGGGACUUGUUCCUCUCAAACUUGGAGACUCAAGUGGAGUAAGACCAGGAGAGUUUGUAGCUGCCUUAGGCUGUCCUCUGUCUCUGUCAAACUCUGUCACUUUGGGUGUUGUUUCAUCUGCUGAUCGAGGGAGUGUUGAACUUGGUUUACGAGGGAAAGACAUGCAGUACAUCCAAACAGACGCAGCCAUUACUUUUGGCAACUCAGGGGGCCCCCUCUGACAAUUUGGGAAAGGAGAAGUCAUUGGAAUAAAUUCAAUGACAGUAACUUCAGGAAUCUCAUUUGCCAUCCCUGUAGAUCAUGCUAAGGAAUUUAUGAAGAAAGCUGAAAAGAAAAGACGGCGCUACUUAGGUGUUACAAUGCUGACCUUGACAAAAUCCAUUCUACAAGAGCUGCAGUCUAGAGGUGGUCCCAUGUCAAGUAUUCCAUCAGAUAUCACACAAGGGGUCUUCAUAUGGAAAGUCGUUGUGGGUUCUCCGGGCAUAUCGGCUGAUACCAGGGGACUUUCAUUACCCAUAUCAACAAUGAACCAGUGGCAUCAUCAAGAGAGUCUACAGAAGCCUUGA